CAGGUUGGGACUCUUGGAGAUGCGGUGCCCACGGAGCAGCUGCAGGGUGAGCGGGAGCGCGAGCGGGAGGGGGAGGGCGACGCGGGCGGCGACGGACUGGGCAGCAGCCUGUCGCUGGCCGUGCCCCCAGGCCCCCUCAGCUUUGAGGCGCUGCUUGCCCAGGUGGGGGCGCUGGGCGGCGGCCAGCAGCUGCAGCUCGGCCUCUGCUGCCUCCCGGUGCUCUUCGUGGCUCUGGGUUUGGCCUCGGACCCCAUCUUCACUCUGGCGCCCCCACUGCAUUGCCACUACGGGGGCUUCCCUCCCAACGCCUCUGGCUGGGAACAGCCCUCCAAUGCCAGCGGCGUCAGUGUCGCCAGCGCGGCCCUAGCAGCCAGCGCCGCUAGCCGCGUCGCCACCAGUACGGACCCCUCGUGCAGUGGUUUCGCCCCGCCGGACUUCAACCAUUGCCUCAAGGACUGGGACUAUAAUGGCCUGCCGGUGCUCACCACCAACGCCAUCGGCCAGUGGGAUCUGGUGUGUGACCUGGGCUGGCAGGUGAUCCUGGAGCAGAUCCUCUUCAUCUUGGGCUUUGCCUCCGGCUACCUGUUCAUGGGUUACCCUGCAGACAGGUUUGGCCGUCGUGGGAUUGUGCUGCUGACCUUGGGGCUGGUGGGCCCCUGUGGAGUGGGAGGGGCUGCUGCAGGCUCCUCCACAGGUGUCAUGGCCCUCCGAUUCCUCCUGGGCUUUCUUCUGGCAGGCGUUGACCUGGGUGUCUACCUGAUGCCGAAUGAUCACCGCUCCCUGCAUCCUCUUCCUGUUUUAUGGCUGGCCUGGUCUGUUUCUGGAGUCUGCCCGGUGGCUGAUUGUGAAGCGCCAAAUUGAGGAGGCUCAGUCUGUGCUGAGGAUCUUGGCUGAGCGGAACCGCCCCCACGGGCAGAUGCUGGGGGAAGAGGCCCAGGAAGCCCUGCAGGACCUGGAGAACACCUGCCCUCUCCCUGCAACAUCCUCCUUUUCCUUCACUUCCCUCCUCAACUACCGCAACAUCUGGAAAAAUCUGCUUAUCCUGGGCUUCACCAACUUCAUCGCCCACGCCAUCCGCCACUGCUACCAGCCCGUGGGAGGAGGAGGCAGCCCAUCGGACUUCUACCUGUGCUCCCUGCUGGCCAGCGGCACCGCAGCCCUGGCCUGCGUCUUCCUGGGUGUCACUGUGGACCGAUUUGGCCGCCGGGGCAUCCUUCUUCUCUCAAUGACCCUCACUGGCAUUGCAUCCCUGGUCUUGCUGGGCCUGUGGGAUUAUCUGAAUGAAGCCGCCAUCACUACUUUCUCUGUCCUUGGGCUCUUCUCCUCCCAGGCUGCUGCCAUCCUCAGCACACUCCUUGCUGCCGAAGUUAUCCCUACCACUGUCCGGGGCCGUGGCCUGGGCCUAAUUAUGGCACUGGGGGCUCUUGGAGGGCUGAGUGGCCCAGCCCAGCGCCUCCACAUGGGCCAUGGAGCCUUCCUGCAGCACGUGGUACUGGCAGCCUGUGCCCUCCUCUGCAUCCUUAGCAUUAUGCUUCUGCCAGAGACCAAGCGCAAGCUCCUGCCGGAGGUGCUCCGGGAUGGGGAGCUGUGUCGCCGGCCUUCCCUGCUGCGGCAGCCACCCCCUAACCGCUGUGACCACGUCCCGCUGCUUGCCACUCCCAACCCUGCCCUCUGAGCAGCCUCUGAGCACCCUGGCGGGAGGCUAGCCCAUUCAGAAAGCUGGCUAGGGCCCUGGCAAGGAGAUUGGGAAGGCUGAGUGAGGAAGGCAGGGCUGCCCAAAAGGCUCAGAGGCACCUCACGCCAGCCCAGGAGAGCUCAGAGGGCUGUCCCCAUCCCCAUCUCCUCCCAGCUGCUUUGUGUUCACUUCCUCUGCAAGAGUCAGGGGACAGGGAGAGAGCUCCACACUGUAACCACUGGGUCUGGGCUCCAUCCUGUGCCCAAAGACAUCCUCCCAGACCGCAUUCUUUCUUGCUUUAUCAUUCUGUUUCAAUAAAGACAUUUUGAAUAAAUGAGCAUAUCA